AUGGAGCAAAGUGAUCCGAUCAUUUUAAAUUUGAAAAUUCGCAACGAAUUGAAGGAUUGUACAAGCACAUCGGUGAAAGAAAUACCAGUUAAAAAACUGGAGAGAGCUGAUGAAAAUAUCGAGGAAAUUGAACAUUGGAUUAGUAGUAUUAAGGAAAUACAUCGAACUAAGCCAGCCGAUAUUGUGAUGUAUGGGAAACCGAUGCCAAACAUUGAGUAUUUAAUGCAAGAAUGGCCAAUUGAAGUGGAAAAUUUGCUAAAAAUUGAGCAGUUGCCAAGCGCAGAAUUGGAUGUAUCACUGGAAGAAUAUGUUGAUAUUUGUUUGGCAUUAUUAGACAUACCUGUGCAAAAAUCUCGAAUUCAAUCACUUCAUGUACUUUUCACAUUGUUUGCCGAAUUCCGUAAUUCACAACAUUUUCGAAAUUUGGCUAAAGAUAUUUUUAUGAAUAAUAAUAAUAAUAAUAAGCAAAAUAAUCAUAACGAACCGGAACGACUUGAAUUGUAA